AUGGAUCAGAGAGGCCGCCUUGGACUGUUGGUGGACGUUGAUACGGAGCUGGAGAUUGAUGCUCUGUGCGACGAAUGGUUGUUGCCACCGGCAUGCACCGAAGACGACGAAGAGGAUCAAGAUGGGAUUGAGAUUCAGCACGUGGAAUGGAUUGACGGACGAAAUCCAUUAAUUCCAAUUGAAUAUGACGGUUCAGGAGAGAGCUUUCAGACCUUCAGAGGUGGCAAAUCUGAAGCCGAGCAGCUCUCACACAUCAUCUGCUGUCAACGAUAG